UCCAGUUGGUACCUGCUGAAUGUGUUUUGUGCCUAAUGAGAUACGCAACAUUUGUAUGAAGAUUGUUCCGUGUAGUUUUUGUAGCAAGAAAUAUGCCUGCUCUCGUAUGAUCAAAAUUUCGGUUCUUUAAUCUGUUAGAUCGCGAUAUUGCUAUUUUUGCUACUUUUAAUAGAAUCGAAAGCUUUUGCUUUUUAGAAGAAAAAGAGGUUAUAAUGGACUUUAUAACGAAUGUCCUUUGCCGGCUAUUGCUGCUAACAGAUUCCAGUACAAAUUUUUAUGUGCCAGCCUCCAAAAAUCUCCGACUGUUACCUUCCAAUGUCUCAUCUGUCUCCGACUUCUGUCUGGCACCCUUGCACGUCAAAGAAGAUUCAAAUCUAGCUAUUGACCUGCCAGAGGACACCGAUCUAUUGUCGCAGCUUAACGCAUCUGAAACCUGUAAGACACCGGCAUGCAUCGAAGCAGCUGCCAACAUCCUAUCCAAUAUAGAUGAAACUGUGAAACCUUGCGAUGAUUUCUAUCAAUUCGCUUGUGGUGGUUGGAUGAAAAGAUAUGUCAAUGAUUUUAUGUCUCUACAAGAAUUGGGUUAUGUAAGCAGAAAAAAAAUGAGAGUUAUCUUUGAAAAGAAAUUAAACGGAGACCAACGUGAAUUCGUUCGGCAGAUGAAAGUAUUUUACGACACCUGCAUGAAUCAAAAAAACAUCCCCAGAGCAGGUGUAAAAUUGCUAAAGAAAGUUCUGAAGGAUCUCGGUGGUUGGCCAAUAAUCAAAGGGGAAAAAUGGAAUUCUAGCUCCUUCGACUGGAUUGAUGCUGUCGGUAGAAUAAGUCAAUUAAAAGCCAAUCUUUAUUUCUUUGUGACCUUAUCUGUCGUUGUGGAUCCUAGAAACAAUUCGUUUCAAAUCAUAAAG